AAGUUGAUGUUGGAUAGUGUCAAAAUCCAUUUGGUGAUGUUGGAUGAAAGUUCCUACUAAGCACCAUCUCGUAUCCACUCCUGUAUCAAUGCUGCCAGUAUUGCGUAUAAUAACAUCCUCCUCUUCUUCUUCAAGAUUGAGGUUGGCACAUAGAUCAUUGAUUUCUUGAAAAUUGUGACUUGAGGAGGCCAUUAGUACAACCGAAGGGGCAACAAAAGGGACAGCACGAUCAGUAAUAGAAAAAAGAGGGGAUAAGUCAAUGGAUUAGAAGGUCAGGGCUUACAACAUAAGCAAACAGGGAAAACAAAAGAGAGAAAACUAUGUCAUCAGACAUCACUAUUGAAUUCUUGUUAUUUUAGAUUACCACCACGACACGAAACUACUAUUUAAUCAUUUAGUUUACCAAACAUUUAUAUAUUCAUAGCUGUUUUAAAAUUAUAUUCCCACAGCACAGAUAUGCCAAACUGGCUCUGAAUCACAGAUUUUGUUAUUUUAAACUUAGUGAGUACUGUGUAGUGAGUCGGUUGCCGGAAGUAAUGGCAGUUCCUCAAAACCCAACAAAUUUCCAAGAUGAAGACCCUCCCUCCCAUCACCCUUCUCCUCCCCCCGAUCACGAUCAGCUAUUCGAGGUCUCCACCACGGUGGAUCCUAGCUAUGUAAUCUCUCUCAUUCGGAAACUAUUACCAACUACUCAGCCUCAGCAAGAGACUAUGCAGCUUGAUCAACAACAACAACAGCAACAACAACCUAAUCAUCAUCAUGAAUCUCUCUCGGUCGGAGUUGGAGACCAGGCUUGGGAAGACUAUGGCUGCAUUUUAUGGGAUCUUGCUGCUAAUAAAACUCAUGCUGACUUUAUGGUGGAGAAUCUUCUGCUUCAAGUGCUUUCAGCAAAUCUCACGGUUCAGCAAUCUUCGCGUGCCAUUGAAAUUUGCCUUGGGAUCAUUGGAAACCUUGCUUGCCAUGAAGACCCUAUGAGACUUAUAGUCAGUACAAAUGGAUUAGUUAAAUUGAUUGUCAAUCAAAUAUUUUUAGAUGACACACAAUGUCUAUGUGAAGCUUGCCGGUUGUUGAGUUUGGGUGUUCGGAGUAGUGAGAGUGGUACUUGGGCAGCAGCGAUUCAGUCUGAAAAUGUUCUUUGCCGUAUCUUAUGGAUUGCUGAAAAUAGCUUAAAUCUGCAACUUGUGGAAAAGACUGUGGAACUAUUAUUAGCCAUCAUUGAAAGUUCACAAGAAGUCAUGGAAAUUCUUCUAUCUCCUUUAAUUAAGAUGGGUUUACCAAGCACAUUGCUGAGUUUAUUGGCUUGUGAGAUCAGUCAACUGUCAAACGAGAAAGUACUUGAAAGGUUGUCGAUUCUUGAUGUAACACUACGUGCAAUUGAAGCUAUAUCUGUCAUUGAUGGACAUUCUCAAGAGAUCUCUUCAAACAAGGAACUUUUUCAACUGGUUUGCCAAUUAAUCAAAGUUUCUGAUAAAGCUGAGGUCGCAAACUCUUGCGUCACUGCUGCAGUUUUAAUUGCAAAUAUUCUGUCAGAUGUACCUGAUUUAGCGUCUGAGAUUUCAAAUGAUUUGAAUUUUUUGCAGGGUUUGCUCGAUAUAUUUCCUUUUGCUUCAGAUGAUUUAGAAGCACGAAGUGCACUUUGGAGCAUCAUGGCAGGGUUACUCCUCCAAGUUCGAGAAAGUGAGAUGAGUUUGCCGGCUCUAUAUGAAUAUGUUUCUGUUUUAGCAAGCAAAUCUGAUCUGAUUGAAGAUGAUCUUCUUGGCUAUCAACUAGAUGGCCUAAAAUCUAAUGCUAGAACUACAGCUCUUAGAAGGAUAAUCAACAUCUUAAAUCUGUGGACUGCAUCAAAGGAUGAGCCCGAAGAGAAUGGUCAAAUGGCGGCUGAAAAUCAAACAGCCAAUGUAGAUAUCAGUAGAUUGUUGGAUUGUUGCAGAAGGCAUACCGAAUGAUAAGCAAUCUAGGAGGAGAGAAUGACACUGCAAUUGAUUGAAAGUACACUCUGAUGGCGAAAUUGAUAGGACAAAGGAUGCAUCUGUUUCCAGAAUUUGCUGAUAAAUUAAUCAAAUAAGCCCUGGUAUGAUAUUUUGUUACUAUGCUAAAUGGAUGAAAGGAAUUUUAUCUGGUACUCUGUGCCUGUCCCUACCCUCGGCCAUGUUAUGAUUUGUUAAAACAGAUGACAAAGCAGCCAUAAUGGCUCGAGAAGCUGCAAUGAGCGAUAUGUGGGGGCAAGUACAGAACCAUGUAUGGCUGCUUAAGCCUGGCAUGUUGCAGGUAUGAUACUCAUGUACCACCAGGUCUAAAUUUUGAAGCUGUUAAUUGGCACUAGAAUGUCUACUUUUUUUUUUAUUUUUAAGAGGAACUAUGAGGAGAUGAAGUGAGAAUAAGUGAGUAUAUGUACUUAUUCUGGUACUGAAACAAUACAUUAUAGGUGAGGAAUUUAAUUAUGAAAAGCUCAUGCAAAUUGAAUUUGUCAGAAA